GGAUACAAGAAAGUUUGAAGCAAUACAAUUGACUUUCAAACAGGUGUCGAAGAACUUUGUCGAAGUUUUCCAAAAGCUGGUACCAAAUGGCUCUGGAUCGUUGGUCAUUCAAACAAGCAAAGAUGACAGUAUUGAUGCCUCACAGCAUGGAGACAGUCAACCUCGUCACAUAGUGGAGAAUUUUGUUGGCGUAGGAAUCAAGGUAUCGUUUGAUGGAAGUUCGGAAACGCGUGAAAUGGUGCAACUAUCAGGCGGACAGAAGUCUCUGGUAGCAUUGGCGCUGAUUUUCGCUAUCCAAAAGUGUGAUCCGGCACCGUUCUACCUCUUCGAUGAGAUUGAUGCAGCCUUGGAUGCCUCAACAUAG